AAAAGUGCUGAAAAAUCCUUUCAAGCGUCUACCUGGUUAGCCAGAUGGCGUUGUCAAUUAUAGCAUACUUUAAAGUCUGAUGUGCUCCGAAGACAGCCGGAGGGCGGACAUGCGCACUGGCCGCCGCACUUGGCGCCAGCUGACAGCCGCUGCGCUUCGCGGAACUGUCGGGGUAAAGGAGAAUGUCCAGACGCAGUGCACGUUUAAUAGCUAAAGGUAGGAAUGAAGCCAUUCAGAAGGUCACAAGGACAAGAAAAAGACUGUUGCAGUGCGACAGACGGCAGACAGGACCUGCUACAGCUGAAACUGAACUAUUCAAGAUAAAGGGUCGUUGCUCCACAGUCAAUGACCUCCUCCCCAUUCUGACGGAAACUCCACAUAAGGAGCUGGAGGUGUCCAGGUACCUGUCCGAGGUCAGGAAUCUGAGCACAUCUCCGCUGCCUUGCCUCAGCUGGGCCAGCUCAGAAGAUGUGUGGAUUAAGAUGCUCAAUAAGGAUGUCAAGUAUGUCCAUGACAAGAGCUUCGUGCAGCGACAUCCAGGCCUGCAUCCACGCAUGAGGUCCAUACUGUUAGACUGGCUUAUGGAAGUCAGCGAGGAACACACCCUACAGCGUGAAACGUUCUACCUCGCGCAAGACCUUUUCGACCGGUUCAUGCUGACACAAGAGGCGGUCGACAAAACCAGAUUGCAGCUAAUUGGGGUCACAGCUCUGUUCAUUGCCUCCAAAUUAGAGGAAAUCUACCCUCCCAGACUUGAGGAGCUGGCUUACUUCACAGAUGGGACCUGCUUUGAAAAGGAGAUCCAACAAAUGGAACUGAUUCUUUUAAAGGCUUUGAAUUGGGAGAUCCGACCUGAGACUGUCAUCUCAUGGCUGAAGCUUUAUGUUCAAGUUUCAUCUCUGAAGGAUGACCAUAGACUCCUAGUGCCCCAGUUUUCCCCAGAUACCUACGUACGGAUCACACAGCUCCUGGAUUUAUGUAUUCUUGACAUAAACUCCUUGGGCUACCAGUAUGGAGUCUUGGCUGCUGCAGCCCUCAGCCAUUUCACUUCCUUCGACGUUGCCCAGAAUGCAUCAGGCCUGAGGCCAGACGUCCUCGCCGACUGCGUGAGCUGGAUGCUGCCGUUUAUGAGGACAGUCAGUGAGUCCCGUGGCACACGGCUGAAGGGCUUCCCGACCAGGUCUCAGGAGGAUGGAUACAACAUCCAGACCCACACGGAUUACCUGGCCAUGCUGAGAGAUGUGCAGAAAAUGCAGCUGGAGACUGUUAGCGGGUUAUCGCCUGGGGCUGAGAGCACGACCCUAACGCCACCCAAGAGCGCAGAGAAACGAUCUCCACACUGAUCCUCAGGUCUCAUCAGGGGAUCUGGAGGUGUCUCUACACCCCAUCAAAUGUUCAGAAGCUUGGAAGGCUGGUCUAACUUAUUAAAGCAUUUUACACCUCUGCAGAUUAAUAAUUAAGCAUUAAAGGUAUGCUAAUGAAUACUGCCAGCAAACAUGUACAAAAUCCUAAUUUUUAAUGCUUGAACUGGUCAGAGGCCAGUUUUGAAAGCUGUCAAUAAGUUUUGAUAUGCCAGAUAGCUAAUACUCAGUGUCUCGUUCACAGUAAUAUUUAUGUAAACUAAAUGCACAAUGUGAAGCUACAUGAAAUAUUUGUUUCAAUCCAAGGAAGGAACUAGCUUGUGUCAAACAGACAUCAGCCGUCUGUGUGGCAGCACUGCCUGGCAUUCCUGCAUUCCUGUUUUCAGAAGAAUUUAACUUUAUUGCAGGUAAACUGGGGGAAUGGGUUGAUUUUUCCUCAAUGUCUUUUUUUUUUAGCGUGUUGUACAUAAAGUCUGCGUGUGAAGCAAGUCUUAAUAUUAAAAUUUGAUUUGACUUAAAA